AUGGCUGGGGCCCAGGAGGAGAAGAAGAAGGUGACCAUCAACACACGGUUGCGAAGAUCGGAGGGACGUGUGCGCAGGGCCGGGCGACAGCUGUCCAUAUCGUUGAGUGGAACAGUGCGCGUCCGUUCCUCCGCCAGUUGCAUGCGAUGUGAAGGCAGAGCUGUCGCCGAGCACGGGCGUGGACUCUACGGCGCACAUCCUUCAGCGGCAGUGUCGACGUCAACCCAGGCCGGAAGAACACGAGGGUGUGUUGAAAGCAGGUUUCGUGAUUGGGCAAUGCUGGCAAAACGAGGUGUUGCAAGGUCAAUCAGGCCCUGUUUGCGCGUUCUCCCGACUAGCGAGUGGGUUGGCGCAUCCAACCGAUCGCGGUCCACUUGCGACGCUUCGGGUUUUGCCUUUUCCGCGCUCUUUCGCCAUCGUUCCGGGUGA